CUCCCUUCAUUCUCUCUCUCUGUCUCUCCAGUGGAGGAUUGAUGUGCUUUUUAUUUGUGUGUUUUUGGAGAGUUGUAGUGAUGUAUUCUGGAGACCUAGGCUCUUUGGUUCCACAGCAGCAUGAACAGGUUCCUACCGUUCUGUUCUGUGAGCGAUCAGUCUGGGGGUCAUUUGGACACCUCACAGGUGCUCAGUGGAUAGCCCAGAUGUGCAGGUUUAUGGUGCGAAAGGGAAGUGGAACAUGUGCAUUAAGGACAGGAGUUUGAGAAUGCAGAGGGAGAGGACUUUCCAGGGGACAUGUCCAUGCAUGCAUCGCCUGCAUCUCACGCCGGUCCCGAUGUCUACAUCCUGCCUCUCACCGAGGUCUCGCUGCCUGUCGCCAAGCAACCUGGCCGAUCAGUCCAGCUCCUGAGAUCCAAAGAUCUUGGCUGCCACAGCUUGCUUUACAUAAAGGAGAUAGGACAUGGCUGUUUUGGAAAGGUAUUGUUGGGGGAGGUUCACUCUGGUCUUAGCAGUACCCAGGUGGUGGUGAAGGAACUAAAGUCCAGCGCCAGCAUUCAGGACCAGAUGCAUUUCUUGGAAGAGGCUCGUCCAUACCGGACUCUCCAGCACCCGGCUUUAGUGCAAUGCCUCGCCCAAUGCACAGAGGUCACACCCUACUUACUGAUCAUGGAGUUCUGCCCUCUGGGUGAUGUUAAAAGCUACCUGCGCAGCUGCGGUGCAUCAGAUUCCAUGAUCCCUGACCCCUUACUGCUUCAGAGAAUGGCAUGUGAGAUCACUUCAGGCUUGCUGCACCUUCACAAAAACAACUUCACCCACAGUGAUUUGGCUUUAAGAAAUUGCCUGCUUACAUCAGACAUAAACGUCAAGAUCGGAGAUUAUGGACUAUCACACAACAAGUACAAAGAAGACUACUUUGUGACAUCAGACCAGACUUGGAUUCCUUUACGCUGGAUUGCCCCUGAGCUGGUGGAUGAGGUUCAUGGUAACUUGCUGGUGGUGGACCAAACUAAGGAAAGCAAUGUCUGGUCACUUGGUGUAACGAUCUGGGAGCUGUUUGAGUUGGGGAAUCAGCCAUAUCGUCACUAUUCAGACAGACAGGUUCUCAGCUAUGCUGUAAAGGACCAGCAAUUGAAGCUGCCCAAGCCUCUAAUUAAGUACCCUCUUGCUGAACGCUGGUAUGAAGUAAUGCAGUUCUGUUGGCUUCAGCCUGACCAGAGGCCAACUGCAGAGGAAGUUCAUCUGCUGCUUAGUUACCUAUGUGCCAAAGUUGCCAGUGAGGCUGAAGAAGACUUUGAGAGGCGCUGGAACUCCUUGAGACCCAACACAAGCCAAACCAAUCUACACGGAGCCGGUGCACUUGGAAUUGGCAUGCCCGUGUCAUCCACCACUUCCUCAUUCCCUCUACUGGAGCACUUUCCCUCUGGAGACGGCUACCACUCUGAGUCUGGAGAUGACAUCCUAACAGUUACUGAAACCAGCCAUGGCCUCAACUUUGAGUACAAGUGGGAGCAGGCCAGGGCUGAACAGCACUACCACUCUUCAUCCACUACUGGAACUUUAGGUCAAGGAAACCCCCAUUGUCAGGAGAUCUACUACCCUCCAGGAGGAAUGGUGGGUGAUUGUGCAGUUGAAGGACUUCCCCUAGGGGUUUCUCCUUCAUACUUUGAGCCAAAGCAACUACACACCACAGGUGUGGUACCAGUUUUGAGUGCUCAUAGUCCAUUUGUGAGUAAUGAGUAUUACAUCCGCAUUGAGGAGCCAGUGCAAAGUAAUAUUGACAUGAACUUCACCAUGUGUGCUUACAGUCCAGAGUUUGGGGAAGUCAAUGGACUCUUUUUAACUGGUAGUGGAGACUCUGGGGAGUGUAUCAACUGUCCCUCUGAAGCCAAGCCAGAAGACAUAUACUGGUCAGCGGAGGUCCACAAAAGCAGUGCCUAUGAUUCAGACAGCAGUCCUGCUAUUUCUCUAACUAUGGAGCCUCUUUUAGGCCAUGGAAGUCCUCUCAGGCCAUGGGAGUCUGGUCACUAUGUUUCAUACAAAGACAGAGAUAUAGGUUACUAUUAUGAGCCAUCACCUCCAAAGCGAAUGGACCACUACUUGAUUGGAGACUCAACAGAACUGCCACAAGAGAGCUGGGGAUCUCGAAGCCUGAGACAAGCACUUGGGGAACUGGAGGACCCUUUAGGGGUCUCACCAUCUCUUGGAAGUCCACCACAGGGUUAUGCUGAUCCUUACUUAGAGAACAUACAAGGCUCCAUUAUAGGAAAGAAUGUCACGGGAGGGUACUAUGAUAUGAUGGGUUCCUUGAGGAAGACUAUGCCAGGCAACCACUCAGUUUGCAUCGACAUGGCGUCGGGUGGAGCUAUAUUUGUAGGGCAUAAUGACAGUGACUCUGACGAAGACAUAUUUGUGGAAAGGCGAGGAAGGAGUUGGUCCACCAACAAUCCAGCAAAUAACCCAAUGAACUUGUGUCAGAUGCAAGGGUCUUGUCUGCAGGAUUCUUAUGCAGACUUCCACUACACUAUGCCAAUGACGGAUGUUGAGGAUACAUGGCCAGAAGAGCAGAGCCUGCCAUACCACAUUUCUAAACAAGUCGACUGCUUAGAGGCAACAGUCAAAAGUAAUACUUGUUUGGUGCAUGGAAGACAUGUUGCUUCAAACCCUUCACCUGAGUGCAACUCGUAUAUAAAUAUAUGCCACGAACCCAGAGAGGCUGAAGUAUACCCCGUGCCAUGUUGUCAGGCUUUGAGCAGUUCACAUUUUGUAGACCCUCUAACAGGGACACUUGUGAGGAACUGCUUCAUGAUUGACUGUAUUCCAGGGAAAAGCAUGGUGUUACCCCAAAAAGACCAACAUCUUGGCCAUGCACCUUUAUCUGCUAGACAUCUAGUGUCCAAAACAGAGACAUCAAGGGAAGUUGCAAAACACUCUGAGGUAUCUGAGCAAUAUGUGGAUAUUAGAGUAGGGGAAAUGAUCUUAAAACAAGAAAACACUCAACAAUCUCCAGCAGACCCUAAGACCGAAGUUCUUACCAUCACCUCACAGUUGGAGAAAUCCUCAGCCGAAUUACCCAAUUCAGAGCCUGAGUUAGAGUUGAGUAAGACGGUGGACAGUGGUGAGGAUCGUGGACGCUCUAGUAUCAGCCUAGUGGAGAUUGAUGACUGUAGCGAUGAUGAAAUCACUGACGUAACCUCAGGGAUUUUUUGUGACUUUACAGUGGAAGAAGACACUUUUGACUACACCAAUCCAACAUUCAAGUCAUUACAAAAGCAGGUUGGUACCCCAGACUCAAUGGACUCUAUUGACAUACCAUCCACAGCAUGUUCAAGUGAGACUCUAAGUCCUGCGUCCAUCCAUCCAUCAAGCUCUCCCAAGACUGUGGAUAGCGGCUACGACACAGAAAACCAUGAAUCUCCAGAAUUUGUUCCAAAGGAACCCCAUGAGAUACAAGAUGCCAAAGCCUUCAACGAGCCCUUGGGAAAGGUGACAUCUGGAACUAACUUUGUCAGUGAAGAACAACAGGUUAAAAGUGCUGAAGCUGAGCAGAUAGAUCACAAUGUUGAUACUGUAAUGGCCUUGACAGCAUCUGAGAGCAGUGAUGGUGAGUUUAAUGCACUGAGUGAUAAAACUCCAUACAGAGAUUCGGCCUACUUCUCUGACAAUGAUGCAGGGAAAGAUAAAGAAAGUGAAGAGGACAUCAAUGAACUUGAGGACCAGAAAGAGGGACCAGAAGAAAAUAUAGAUAAAGAAUACCUACGUCCUCCACAGGAGACAGAUGGAGAUGAAUAUCUUUUGUCAUCUACAAAGGCGAGUGAAAAGGCUCUCGAACAGCUUGAGGACAUAACCUCCAAAGUUCUUCCAAUGGUAGAAGAAGGAGUGUCUUCUUGUGACAAUGCCAUCCGUGAAUGUCUCUCAACUCUUGAUAACAAAGUAUCCACCAUAGAAAACCAUUUUGAUGGUGAAAACCUUGGGAUAGAUUCAGAUCACUCUGCAGAACUUGUACUUUUGGAAUCUCAAGUAUUUGAUUCAGAUGUAUCCCCUUGUCCCAAUGUAAGUCAUGAGGAUUCUUUCAAGCAAGAACUUACCGGGAACAGUCCAUCUCUUGACACACUAACCUCUGAGGGUGAUGUUGCAGACAAUGUUGUGUCCAAUGGAGAGGACAGUAUAUAUGAGCUCGACAAAGUCAAAGAUGUGAGCUGUACGAUUUUGUCCACAGAUGAACCAGUGCCUCAGCAGGAAACAUCAGAGGAGGUGUUAGUGCUUGGGCCAGAAAGCAACCAUUCUUCUGAUUCCUCCACACAUAAAAAUCUGGAAUCUAGGAAUAAAGACCCUGAAAAGGGAUGGCGUAAAAGAAGCUCCACACGUUCUUGUUCUCCUCCCCCUUUACUAGAAGGACGGCUGUCUCCCAUGGAUGGGGAGGAGGCAGAUGAGGAAGGUGACUCUGAGGACAGUGAUGAAUCGGAUGAGGAACUGCGCACGUACAGCAUUCGGGAGCAGAGCGAAGAAAGUGAGGAUGAGAUCUUGCCUGUGCCUAUUAUUGUAAGUGACAGCAGUGAUGCACACAAACUCAGAAGCCUACUCAAGAUGCCAACUCUGCUUAGCGAUUCACUGUCUGAUGAAAUGGACUCCAAAAAGAAGGUGGUGUCCUUCUUUGAUGAUGUCACCGUCUUUCUGUUUGACCAGGAAAGCCCUACCAGGGAGCUGGCAGAUAACAGCUCUCCCCUUGGUGGAGAGUCAAGCAAACCAAGUGCAAAGGACGAAGUGCCAAACCAGAAGGAAAAGGUCAAUGUCUCAGAUGACUCUUCAGAUGGAAACAUAUCAGAAGAGAGUGCAGGGUUUGAAUGGGAAGAUGAUUUCCCCAUGUUGCCCCUUCCCACAUCUACCAAGGGUUCUCCUCCAGACAUCACUUCAAAGCCAAGCCUUCUGACCUGCAGCACUAAACCUGUGGUACAGGUUUCCUCACGUUUUACUGUGUCUCCAUCCAAUGUUUCACGAUUCUCCAUCACACAUGUGUCAGAUUCAGAUAUGGAUUCUGCAGGAGGGAGCAGUGAAGAUGGGGAAAGAGAGUAAAACAUCAUACUGCCAAAUCACAGACCCAUUAUUUAUUUUAUUUUAUUUUGUAUUUAUUUUAACAAGAAGAACAAAUUGAGAAAGCUUGGAUUCCAGUGAAGACAGUGCCUCUUAAUGUCAGCAAAUACUUAAGAGCAGCCCUUUUUCAAAGGGCCCCAGCUGACAAUACAUGUGGAAAUGACUUUUAAAAUCAAAUAUUAAUAAAGUCAAAUCAGAUUCAAAUAUUCUUACUUAAAAUCAAGCAUAUUUUAAAUGGAAGACAGUUUGAAUGGAUUAGUUAUGGAGCUCCUGGGAAACCUACUAUGAACGUUUACUACACAAAACAUCAGAUACUCUAUUUUUGGAAGUGUUGAAACAACCCUGAAGUUACGACUGCAUCAAAAAAUGGAUGAAAAGAUGGUCUUAGCGAAAUGUGUCAAAACACAACUGAACUGAUUUUUACUGUGAAGUAGCAAUACUGUAUCGUCAGUCUAGUAAAGGAUUCUAAGAAGAAAUGUAAUUGUUUUUAUGACUGAAAAUAAGUUAAUGACACAAUGCUGCCUUGUGUUUGUCACCUACUGUACCUGAGAGUAGCAUAGUGUUGUGGUGACGUGGCAUUCUGAAACCAAUUGUAUCAUUUCAUUGAUUAGAGUGGAAUUCUUUCUUGAUAUCAAAUUUCUUUCUUUCUAAAGAAAAUUUGUAUUGCAAGGUGUAUGUUUUUAUAUAAUUUGUGGUAUUUAUUUGGUGUUUUUUCAUUGUUUCAAUUUAAAUCAAUGUCCAAAUCAGGCAAAUCAUUUGAACAUUUGAGCUUUUGAGUCAUGUCCUGCUGAUAUAAACGGAUAACAUUUUGGUUAUCAUCAGCUAAACCCAUGACAUAAAAAUUUUGAAUUAAAUUAUAACCUUUUUGAAGUAGUAAUGUUAUGCAAUUUAAGUAGAAAAGCUCCAUAAAACUCUUAAUACACAAACACUUUUGAGAAAAUAUCAACAAAUAUAAUUGACAAAAUAUUAUUUUGUAAUGGGACAGUUCAUGGUUAUUAAUGAUGAGAAAGAUGUAUUUAUCAAUGAUGCUGUAAAUGCCUACUAUCUAUUGAGGGAUGGAAAAGAGUUGUAUUAUGAUCAGGGUGUAAAUUAUAGACAUGCGUUAUUUAUUAUCUUUUAUAUUUCCUGGAAUGUUGAAGCACAAAGAUAAAUGCUCUUUAUCUUUGUAAGCUACAGUGCUGAACAGGCUGUCAUGCUGAGCUACUUUAUUGUUGGACUUUUCACCAAAAAGGAACAAUUUCAACUGAACAAAGUAGACAUAUGAUUUUAAAGUAUUACUGUCAGAUAUUUAAUUCCUAUUCUCAUAUGUGGCUGGGAAACACCAUUUAUCACACCUUUUACAAUUCAGACAUUAUCAUGGAGGACUUGCUUGCAAAUGUGACUGAGAACAGUGUACAGUACGGAGGAACUCGAUGCUACCUGCACAAUUCUGUGCAUCCGACCACAAGCCUGGCAGCCAGAGAGAAGCAGAAAUCUUGAUCCUCUACUCUUGGUAUGUUCUAUGUUUGUUUGGCCUAUUAUGGCAUUAUUAUAUGUAAUUGUUUAGCUUAGAUCGAACUAGACAACAGUCUGUACUAUUUUUGUAUUCGAUUAAACAAUUUUAAACUACUGAAAGCUCAAAUGGGAACUCAGGAGGAAAGGGAAAUCUCCAUGUGUUUUCUGCCAAAGAAUUGUGUAAUGUGGCACAUAAAGGCCGGAAUGGCGUUCCAUAGAUGUUUUAAUUCAGAUGGGCAGAGUCACUGAUUUUCCUGGCUGUUGCUGCAGACAUUUGGCAGUUUGAGGGUUUUUAAAUUGCAGUAUUGUUAAGCGAGAGUGGUUGUAAGUCUGUUCCUCAAAUGUGUUACAAACUUAGUUCGAAAAAUAAAACAAUUCUGUUUUACCAUU